AUCGAGACAUGAAAGCUCCCUUUUUUACCCACCGGACUUGAAUAUUUUUAUUGUUUCCAGGUGCCGACGCCUCUUCUCCUCUCCUCUCCUUCCGUUUCCUUGUGACGCAGCAACCUUUGAGAUCGAUCAACAUAGCCAUGAAGAUCACCGCGUUGCUUGUUCUCAAAGCCGCUCCCGAAACCACGGAUCCCGUAAUCCUCGCCAACGCCUCAGACGUCUCUCACUUCGGCUAUUUCCAGCGAUCUAGCGUCAAGGAGUUCGUCGUCUUCGUCGGUCGCACCGUCGCUAGCCGCACCCCUCCUUCUCAGCGCCAAUCCGUCCAGCACGAAGAGUAUAAGGUUCACGCUUACAAUAGAAAUGGACUUUGCGCGGUUGGAUUCAUGGACGAUCAUUAUCCUGUUCGUAGUGCCUUUUCUCUUCUCAAUCAGGUUUUAGAUGAGUAUAACAAGAGUUUUGGGGAGACGUGGAGAUCUGCUAAAGAAGAUUCCUCUCAAACUUGGCCUUACUUAGCUGAAGCUCUUACCAAAUUUCAGGAUCCAGCAGAGGCGGAUAAGCUCUUGAAAAUCCAGAGGGAGUUGGAUGAGACCAAGAUUAUCCUUCAUAAAACCAUUGAUAGCGUUCUAGCCCGUGGUGAGAAGCUGGACAGCCUAGUGGAGAAGAGCUCUGAUUUGAGCAUGGCUUCGCAGAUGUUCUACAAGCAAGCGAAGAAAACGAACUCAUGCUGCACUAUUCUGUGAGCUGCUACUCUGCAUGUUCUGCCUGAGUUUUCAUGCACUUCCAAGUUCCACAAGACUCGAGUCGUAUGGUGUGUUAUCCAAAUACAUGUCAAUUUCAAUUUGUCUUUACCAUAUUUAUAUAUUAUCUUUUGUUCUCACUUUGGUACGUUUAUGUAUAAUAAACAGCGCUUUUAC